GCGGGGAAGAGGAUGGCUGGAAGUGGCCGGAAGUGGUGAGAGGCUGCGCCGGCCUCGGUGACCGGAAGAGGCCGGAAGGGGGUGCAGACAGGAAGGGAGGCCGGAAGGAAAGUGCAGACAGGAAGGGAGGCCGGAAGGGGGUGCAGACAGGAAGGGAGGCCGGAAGGAAAGUGCAGACAGGAAGGGAGGCCGGAAGGGCGUGCAGACAGGAAGGGAGGCCGGAAGGGCGUGCAGACAGGAAGGGAGGCCGGAAGGGCGUGCAGACAGGAAGGGAGGCCGGAAGGAAAGUGCAGACAGGAAGGGAGGUUCAGACCGGAAGGGAGGCCGGAAGGGAGGUGCAAACAGGGAGAGAGACGGGAAGGGAGGCCGGAGGGAGGUGCAGACCGGGAGGUUUAGACAGGGAGGCCGGGGGGCGGCGGGGCCGGGAUGUGGGACCCCGGGCUGGUCCGGCUGGCGCUGGCGCAGCAGCUGCGGGCCGCCUACGGCAUCAAGGUCAAGGGCGGCCGCGGGCCGGGCGAGCGCCGGAGGCGCGGGGCGGCGGCAGCGGCGGGUAAAAUAUUUGGAGUUCCUGUUCGUGCGCUGCCCCAUUCUGUUGUACCAGAAUAUGGAAACAUUCCAAGCUUUCUUGUGGAUGCCUGCACAUCUUUGGAAGCCCACAUUCACACUGAAGGACUGUUCAGGAAAUCAGGAUCUGUUAUUCGUCUAAAAGCACUAAAGAGCAGAGUGGAUCGUGGCGAUGAAGGCAGCCUGUCUUCCGCACUGCCGUGUGAUGUCGCAGGGCUCCUCAAGCAGUUUCUCAGGGAGCUGCCUGAGCCCAUCCUCCCAGCUGAUUUGCAUGAAGCACUUUUCAGAGCUCAGCAGUUGGGAACAGAGGAGAAGAAUAAAGCUACAUUGUUGCUCUCCUGUCUUAUGACCGAUCAUACAGUUGAUAUCCUGAGAUACUUCUUUAGCUUUCUCAGGAAUGUUUCUCUUAGAGCCAGUGAGAAUAAGAUGGAUAGCAGCAACCUUGCUGUCAUAUUUGCACCAAAUCUUCUUCAGACAAAUGAAGGGCAUGAGAAGAUGUCUGCUAACACGGAAAAAAAGCUACGAUUACAGGCUGCAGUAGUACAGACUCUUAUUGAUUAUGCACCUGACAUUGGGCGUGUACCAGACUUCAUCCUAGAAAAGAUGCCAGCUAUGUUGGGAAUUGAUGGUCUGUGUGCUACUCCGUUACUGGAAGGUUUUGAAGAAGGUGAAUGUGAAACUCCUGGUGAAUGCAAGAGGAAACGGAGGCAGAGUGUGGGAGAUUUUGUUAAUGGAGCCCUCAAUAAACUUAAAUAUAACAGAACACCUUCUAUUACACCUCAACAGGAUAGAACUGCUCAGCUCUCUGUAUCACCAGUGAUUUUUACACCAAGUGCUAAACGCAAAUUGCCAGUAGAUUCUUCCCAUGGCUGCUCGAGUAAGAAAAGGAAGUCCAUCAAGCACAGUUUUAACUUUGAGCUGUUGCCGAGCAACCUCUUCAGUAGCAGUUCUACACCCGUAUCAGUUCACUUUGAUACAAGCCCAGAGGGGUCAUCUCAAAGUUCCAUCUCUCCUGUAGCCAUGAGUGGAAACGGUUUGAUGAGUACAGAUGUGCUGAGGCGGAGUAAAAGGAUUGCAAACAAAAGACUUUGCAGGGUAGAAUCUGGAAAAGCAGGCUGUUUCUCUCCUAAAAUCAAUCGUAAGGAAAAAGUUCGAAGAUCUCUUCGUUUGAAAUUUAGUCUGGGGAAAAGCAGCAGAGAUGCCAAUGGGUGUUCUGGUGUCAACAGAUCCGAGCAUGUUGGUCGGCGACUUGCAAAUCAACCAAGUUUAAAAACUAGGAUCGAAUCUGUAAAAACAGGUCUACUUUUUAGCCCAGAUAUUGGUGAAAGAUUACCAAAGAAAGGUCCUAAAAAGAUCAGUAAGUCUGAGGAAAACUUACUAACUCCAGAGCAAAUGGAUGGAACAAGUUACCGGAUGUCUUGGACAGGACCCAGUAAUUUGAGUUUUCAAGAAAUGGAUGUAAAUGAAGUGUCUCCAACAAUGGCAAAUCCUGAGGUGGAGAACUUUUCUUUGGAGCCCAGCGUCACGAUUGAAAAGUUACCUGCUCCGUCAUGUGAACUCAGGCCUUCUGCUCUGCAGGGCCGGCCUGUGGGCAGCGCCUUGGCGAGCUCCCUCAGUGGGGAUGAAAACAGUGUCACCUCAGAAACGGUGGUGAAAAUUCAGAGAGCGUUUUCUGAGUCCGGAAGUCAUCUUCAUGCACUGAUAAGUCACAGACGGUCAUCAGUGACUACAGAGGAGGAAGUAAAGUUAACCGAAACAUUGUACAUAGAAAGUAGCCCGGAGAGAAGCCUGUGUGAAGCUGAUGAUGUGACUGUGCGAGAGUCAGAAGAAAAGUAUGGAAACGGUAGUGGUAAAGACAAAAAUUAUUCUUCAGAAGUAGAUGGCUUACCCCAUCAAAGUGAAACACUUGGAAAAGAAGCCGUCGUGGGGUGGGAGUCAGCUCAGAUGAGGGUAGAAGAUGAGGUUCAUUCAGAUAUGCCAAAAGAUCAUCUAAGCCAACAGCUCCCCAGUCGUGAGCAGGUCCCGGAACAGCAGUCCCCAGGGAACGGUCAGACAACAGAGGCGAAGGACAGCGAGAAAGAGAGUGAAGACAAGAAAUCUGCAGCUUCCAGCCCAGCUGAGGCUCAGCCCUCUUCCUCACAGCAGAGUAUGUGCGGGGUUUUGGGCCAGUCAAAGCCUAAGCCUGUGGGACCUGCUAAACAGCGUGCUCCGGUAGAAAGCUGUGACGGGACUGUUUGUGAACUCUUGCAAAUGACAGAGCCUGGGAAGGUUUCAGACCACAUACAGUGGUUUAAUAAGCUGUCUUUAAAUGAGCCGAAUAGAACAAAAGUGAAGUCACCUCUGAAGUUUCAGCGUACACCUGUCCGCCAGUCUGUUCGAAGAAUUAAUUCUCUGUUAGAAUAUAACAGACAGCCUGGUAGGCAGAAGCUGGUCAUCCCUUGGGAUGCAGCUUCGCCCCUGGUCAAGUCUGUGAGCUGUGACAGUGCCCUUCCCUGCCACACAGGGGGGCCGUCAGCAGAGUCCUCUACUUCAGAUACUCGCUCAGCUCCUCAGGACCCCAGGGCCUCAUCGUGUGAAUGGUCGGGUAUUGACGGGAUUUCAAAGUCGAGCACAGGGCUACCUUCCAGAUCUUUUUCAAAACUAAGGAGACACCCAGAGUCUGUGAAUGCUACUCUUCAGCCUAGAGUCUUUAAACAGGAAGUUGUAUCUGAUGGCCAAAUUAAGAUUCCCUUGGAUGAUCUGACUAAUCAUGAUAUUUUAAGAUCUGGUGUAAAUAACAAGGGCUUUCCUCCUGGGAUAAAAACAAGGGUCCUCAGGAAACCCUCGGAAAGAGAAAGGGUCUGGUACAAAGGAUCUCCAAAACAUCCUAUUGGAAAGGCUCAGCUGUUACCAACAAGUAGACCUGUGGACUUGUGACUGGCAUGUGUACCUGUCGUCAGUGUAAAUAAAAUUAGUGACUUGCAGGGCAGUGGACAUGUUAGUUUGUAGCUCAGGGUGACUUUAUGUAGUAAAUUUUCCUUGAAACUUAAUUUUUACCACAGGAACACUUUGAAAUUCCAUAUUUGUGCAUAUGACUUUUUUCUUAAUGAUGGCAGUCUUUUAAACUUAAUUUUCCUGCAGUCUCUUAAAGCGGAGGUUACCCUUUACUCUCUUCAACAAAUCACUGUCUUGAUUUACAAACACCUCUGCAAGUGAUAAUUUUUAUUGUACAAACGAUAGGAAGAAUCGUGCAAUUAAACCUAUGGCUUGAUUUUCCUCCAAGUCAGAGAAGGUUUCUGAAACAAAUGUUCCUACAUAAAGGGGAAGAGAGGGUUAGCCUCCCCGAUCUUAGGUCUUGAAUUACCUUAGUGUUUCUUGAAUACCAAACUCCUUAGAAAUGAGUUGCUCGGAUGGUGCCCCGUGCGCGUCUGGUACCUUGUGUGGACUUGACCAGGGGUAGGGACUCAGUCCCGUGGUACCCUGCGGGUGUUGAUUCUUGAAGCCAUGCUGUUUUCAAAGGUCAUCUGGGCCAAUGCAUGUGUGUCUGUUAUACCCAAUAUGGAACUGAACUAAGAAGAAUGGGGUUAAAGAAAUGCAGGUGGCCUUCCCCUUGAGGAUGCUUGGUUUUAACGUUUGGAUGCUUGAUGAAUGUGUCUUCCUUUUACUUGGAUUAAAAGCCGGAUGUUUUA